CACACCCGGCGCGCACAGACAGACACGCUCCCUCCCUCCGGCGCGCUCUACCCCUCGCCCGCCCGCCCGCCCGCCGCACACGCAGCCGCUCCGGCUCCCCGCGCCCUGCGCUCCGCUCUCCGCCGCCGCCGAGCGAAGCCGGACUGGGCUUGGUGCUGCUCAUGGAGAAAGUGCCGUGCGAGAUGGAGACUGAGCGCAGGGAGCGGAGCGAGGAGCUGUCCGAGGCGGAGAGGAAGGCGGUGCAGGCUACGUGGGCCCGGCUCUAUGCCAACUGCGAGGACGUGGGGGUGGCCAUCCUGGUGAGGUUCUUUAUGAAGUUCCCAUCUGCCAAGCAGUACUUCAGCCAGUUCAAGCACAUGGAGGACUCCCAGGAAAUGGAGAAGAGCCCCCAGCUGCGGAAGCACGCCUGCCGGGUCAUGAGGGCCCUCAACGCCACCGUGGAGAACCUGCACGACCCCGAGAAGGUGUCCUCCGUGCUUGCCCUGGUGGGCAAAGCCCACGCCCUCAAGUACAAGGUGGAGCCUGUGUACUUCAAGAUCCUCUCUGGGGUCAUUCUGGAGGUGAUCGCCAAGGAGUUUGCCGACGACUUCCUGCCAGAGAUGCAGAGAGCCUGGGCCAAGCUGUGUGGCCUCAUCUACAGCCACGUGACUGCUGCCUACAAGGAAGUGGGCUGGGUACAGCAGGUCCCCAACGCCACCACGUGAGGAGGGCCCGCCGGCCACGCUGCCCUCUUCGGGGCCAUAGGACCCCCGCUCUCCUCCCCCUUCCCUGGCAGCACCUUGAGCAGAAGGCCCAGUUCUGAAGACCGUCCUUGAGCCUCCAUUUCUGGGUGCCAAGGAAGCUGGAGGAAUCCCUGACUCAUCUUCCUGGAAAGAGGCCUCUGCCCCAGCCACAGUCCCCCUGGAGCUGCCAGGAGGUGGCACUGGCUGCCUAGAUGCUGACUCAGUAGGCACCGAUGGCAGGUGGGGGUGGCGGACCCUUCCUCCUUGAAGAGCUGGGCCCACUCUUCUUAGCUUUUCUACUCACUGUUAGAGACCUAGCUGAGCAGCGGGCAGGAGUCGGGGACAGGUCUGCGAGUCACUGCGGGAGAACACCAGCCCCGUUCCUGUCUGCCCGACCAGCAUGCAGGCCUCUACAUCACCUACGUAGAGUAUUACGCACACAUAUCUACCAUAUAUACAGAUAUAUUCUCUAUACAAGCUCUAUAUAAAUAUAUAUACAUACAUACAUAUCUAUAAAGCAUAUGUGCGGGGCCCGGAGGUCACGUGAAACCUCCGUUCAGCUCACCUGCGCGUGGGGCAGGAAGGGGGCCUGGUCACGUUUCUGGGAGAGAACAGUGCUCUGGCAGAGAUGGAGGUCCCACAGCAGCACAGAGAGGACCUGGGUCUGUGGGCAGAGUUGGGGUGACCCGGGGGCCUGCGUGGGCAGGGUUGGGAUGACGCAGCUUGCCAGGAAACCCAGCCCAUUCUCGGACCAGUUCCCCACAUUCCUCCUUUCCACUUCCAGACAAGAAGGGUUUGGCUCUCCCCACCUUUACCCCCCACAAAAGGAUGUGGCUCCCUGUCUUGCUCCAAAAUGGGCAAGAGCAGACAGAGGGACCAGCAGUUCUGGACAGGAUGACUGUGCUGGGGGAGGGGCUGCAGGAAAGAAACCUGGAAUGCCAGCCCCAUCUGCCUUUGCCACUAAGACAACCCUGGCGGGACACACACACACACACACACACACACACACACACACACACACACACACACACACACACACACACACACACACACACACACACACACACACACACACACACACACACACACACACACACACUGAUAACAGGGCCAGAUGCCUCCAUCUCAUCCUGGAGCUCUGAGGGCCAAGGGCCUUUCCUCUCCCGGCCCCUCCUGGCUGCUGGCUGGCAGUCGGCCCUCUCCAUCAUCUGGGUCAGAGUCGCUGGGGACUGCCCCUUAUGUGUGCCCCUUGGUCACGUGUAUCGUCCUCAAGGAUGUUUUGCUGCUGUGGCUGGUGCGCCUGUGUCCCCUCCUGUCCCAUCCGCGUGCAGCCAUCGUGUGACUGCCUGCUCUCCUUUUGUAGUUUCUGAUGUUUGUAACCAGACCCAGCCUUGUCAUUAAACAGACUUGUUCUUCCUGU